GCAAGUGUCAACGAAAUAACGUGUGCAAGAUUCGACGAGCUCCGUGCUUCGAAUUUGUCCAACUCCUCUCUUUCUCUCUCGGUUUUAAGCGCUUUGGCGCGCUGUCCUGUUUACGAGCCACGUGUAACCAAUUAGUGCAACCCUCUCUUCUCUCUGCUACGUGCCACGUGAACUUGGUGCAACCACGUGAACUUGGUGCAACCACGUGAAAUUGGUGCUGCCACGUGAACUUGGUGCUUCGUGCUUCUUGCUAGGUGAAGUUGGUGCUUCGUGAUACGUGCGUUGAGUGCAAACACGAAUUGGUGCCCCUCUCCCUCUCUCUCCUUACGUGCUUUAUGAGCUUGGUGCGUCGCACCUCGAGAACUUCGACGUGCAUUGGUGCUACUCAGCUUGAGGCUUUGUAAUUCUUGGUUGGAGGCUUCGUCGAAUUGCACGCCUGCGUCGACUGGCUCACUCAACCAGCAUCUAUAAUAAGCCGUUUGGGAGGACGGCGGCGGCGGUGACGGCAGCGGUGGGAAGAAGUCGUCGCCAUAGCUGAUCUCGCACACAGUAUUAAUUAAUAUAAUAAUAAAGAGAUAAUAUAAUAUUAAAGAGAGAGGGAUUCAGCUAUGGCGGUCUCGGUGGUUGAGGAGGUGGAGUCGGCAGGGUGGUUGGAGAGGGCAUUGCAGAGCUCCUCUGCUGUGGUGUGCCAUUUUUGGGCAUCUUGGUGCGAGCCAUGUCAACAGAUCAACAAAGUUUUCGAUGAGCUGGCGUCCAGUCAUCCACACGUCCGCUUUUUUCGUGCAGAUGCCGACAAAUUAGCUGACGUGGCAGACAAGCACCAGGUGUCUGCUGUUCCGUACAUCGUCUUUUUUCAAAAUGGCGCCAUUUCCGACAGAUUGGAAGGCGCCGACGUGCCUAAGAUGGUCGGCAAGGUGGAGGAGUUGUCCAGAUGGCGGGAAACGACCUCGGCGGCGGCGGCGCGGGAAAAAUUGGCGGGAACGGAAUCUGCCGUUGUGGCUAAUGGCGGGACGCCAAAAGCGACAACGACAGCCGACGAAGCAGCAGCGCAAUUAAACAAGAGAUUGGAAGAAUUAGUGAAGUCAAAACCGAUCAUGCUGUUCAUGAAGGGUUCGGCAGCGGAGCCGCGGUGCGGCUUUUCCCGCCAAGUCGUGGAGAUUCUCGAGAAGGAGGAGGUGGCAUUCUCCACCUUUGAUAUUUUGUCAGAUCAGGAGGUCAGAGAAGGGUUGAAAAAGUUUUCAAACUGGCCGACUUAUCCACAACUGUAUCUGGACGGGGAAUUGGUAGGGGGGUGUGAUAUUGUGCGGGAAAUGCACGCGAGCGGCGAACUGAAGGGGUUGUUCGAAGAGAAGGGACUUGUGCAGAAAAAGGAGGAGACGGAGGAGGAGGGAGGAAUUGAAGCGAGACUGAAGAAGCUCAUCAACUCCUCCCCUACCAUGCUGUUCAUGAAGGGUACCGCGUCGGAACCCUUCUGUGGAUUUAGUCGAAGGGUUGUUAAUGUACUUAAUGAGCUUGGAGUCAAGUUCGGCUAUUUCGAUAUCUUCACCGAUGACGAGGUCAGGCAGGGAUUGAAAGAAUUUUCCAAUUGGCCGACUUAUCCCCAACUUUAUCACAAAGGCGAGUUGAUUGGUGGGUGCGAUAUCAUCGAGGAGAUGCACAAGAGUGGAGAACUCAAGGAGUUGUUGUUGUCGUCGUAAAUCGGUUUUGAUUAAUCAAAAUCCAAAUCAAAAUCCCAACUAAUCAAUCCAAAUCAAUCAAUCAAUCAAUCUAAUCAAUCAAUCAAUCAAUGGAUUGAUCGAUAGAGUGAUUAACUGAUGGACUAAAUAGUCAAAUGGAUGUAAUCAAAAUCGAGAAUCACUCGAUCAAUGGAUUGAUCGAUAGAGUGAUUAGUUGAUGGGUUAAUUAAUGGAUUAUGUACGAGAGGUUGGUUGGGAUUGCGACUCCUUUGUAUGUCGAGAUCUCUGCAUUUGAGUUUGGGGGUGGCGUUGUUCCAUUUUACGGCUUCGAAUUUCCUCCUCGACGGGUCCUUUCCCGCCUGAACUCGAGUUGCUUCUGCCCUUGGGGGGGGCAUGUAAUUGACUAUUUUUGGCACUCUUCUCAGUCUCUCUGCCCCUGCGCGUCGGAAAUGCUGCGUCAUCAUCAUCAUCAUCAUCAUCAUCAUCAUCAUCAUCAUCAUUCGCCGUCGGUCAGCAUCGAUGUUUUCCUUCGUUCUUGCAAUUCAUGGAGGAAAGAAAACUGAACUCUGAGUUUGAAGCAAGUCGGUGCAGUCAUUUGGCGGUUAAUCUGGUCGCGUAUGUCGGCUGGAUCCACCCUUCUCAGUCGUCCACAUUACUUCAUGCUCGAAGAGAGAGAGAGAGAGCGAGAGAGAGAUUAUAUUCAGUUCGAUAAUGUUUGUGAGGUAAAUGAUUGGUGAAGAGGAUUUUCACCGCUUUGCUCAGGAUGCAGGGAAAGCCUUUUCUCCUUUUUCUCUCUUUAUCUUCGGUUUUGCCUAAUUAGGAAAGAAAGAAAGGACGUGGCAGGAGAGGCAAGGGCUGGAGGGGACAGAGGCGGAAAAGGUCUGGCCGGGUGAAGAUAUAUAUCUCUGAUCUGUUUCUUGUUGAUGACAACAGGACGCCUGUGCCGGUAGUAGAAGAUGGCAGAUUUCAAUUUUUGCAGUAGUCGGCAGUUGUUACUCCGAUGUCUGAGAAUUUGUUGUCGUUUGCUGUUUCUUGACAAUUUCGAGGAUUUGAUGUGUACUCUCUCGUGCCAAUCAAUCGUGCUUGCGUGU